CUAUUGCCACCCUCAAAGGCCACAUUGACUUUUCUUUUGCGUGUUGUUGGAGCCCAGAUGGAAAUAUAAUUGCAACAGGAAAUCAAGAUAAAACAACCAGGUUAUACGAUACGCGGAAUAUGUCAAAAACACUUAAUGUUCUGGGUGCAAAAAUGGGUGCUGUGAGAUCACUUCACUUUUCUGAAGAUGGUCGUUAUUUAGCAAUGGCAGAACCGGCUGACUUCGUGCACAUAUUUGACGCCCAUACUUUUGAACGCUCUCAGGUGAUAGACUUGUUUGGAGAAAUUGCGGGUGUCUCCUUUACACCGGACGCCGAUGGAUUAUAUAUAGCAAAUGCUGAUGAAAAUUAUGGCUGUAUCCUAGAAUACGAAAGGAUCCUUCCACAAAACCAUAUAGGAAAUAUUUUCCCCUAUCCAUCAACUCUUUAG